AUGGAGCCUGUCAAACAUGUUUGCUUCGCAUCGGGCCUGCCUGCUCAAGAGAAAAACCGCAAUGGCGAGGUCAGCGGCUGGGUCGUCCUGGACGAUAUUAACCUGUCCAUGGUGGACGAAUCUCAGGGGAAGAAGGCAGCUGCCAAGCCGAUGCCCAUGGGCCCGCAUCAUGCAGCGUGCCGCAUAGAGCUUGCCACAAACGGAUUCAUGGCGACUGCGCCUCCGCUGCCGAUCGUAUGGGGCUGGGCACCAGUAGAUCGGGAGACUUGGAACCGGCAGAACAUCACUUUCCGAAGAGAGCUUCGACUCGAAAUGGACUACUGGAAGGCCCGCCACAAGGACUUGCUGAAGCAGGUCAGUGCGAUGAGGGCAGAGAUUGCGGAUUUCGACAGCGAGAUCAAGCGGCACGAAGCACUCUGGCCCAAGGCUGCUGACAUCGCGAACGAGCUUGAGGCGAGCCGCAGUCGAAUCGAAAGCCUUUUGCACCUCCGACUGCGUCUUCUGGAAGACUGCCAGAGGCUUCCCUUGGCGCACUUGGCGGCAUCAGCCGAGGUCGAAGUCUCCAACGCCGACUCCACGGCUCCACUUUCUGAUACUUCGGCCGAGAGGAGGGCAUCCAGCCCUGAGAAGGAAGCGCCGGUGGACUCGGAUCCCAGUUUCCCAGAAGCUGACGGCUCUUGGUGUGGGGACCCAAGUGCUGCCGAGCAGCCGGCGCGUGUGGCAGAUCCGGAGGGGCCGGAAAUCCCGGCAAGCAUGGCUGGCAUGGAGUCUUCUACCGACAUGCCGGCGUAUGUUGACAUUGCGGAUUUGUUUUGGAACGUGGGUUCGAACGGGCAUGCCCUGGGUGAAUGCCGGCCAUGCAGCUUCUUCCAUGGCGGUGCUGGCUGCUCCAGGGGCAGGAGCUGCAGAUUCUGCCACCUUUGUCCAGCUGGCAGGGCCAAGAAGCACCGCAUGAAGCUGAAGCGGGGGCUGAGAAAGGCCGCGCAGCUCGAGGACAAGAUUCUCGAGCAACAGGAGACGGCAUUCGAACUGGGCCUCUGCGUGUCCGCAGAACGUCAACGGUUGCUUCGUGCCCAUGAGGAUGCAAAAGAAGUGGGCAAGCUGAUGUUGUCCGCCGAGAAGGAGUUUCAGGACGAAAUGUACGACGCGGCGAUGCGGGAUUUCCAUCGCAAGCAAGCCAAGGUGCUGGAGCGGGAUGCGAUGCAGCUUCGCGAGACUGUGUCGAGACUGAUUGCUUGGUCCCUGGCAGCCAUGGUCGGGGAGCGAACCUGCACAGGGCAACGCAGGCGACGACCGUCCGACCUUUUGAAGAAACGAAAAACGAAGAGGAACAGCAGACAUUUGACAUUCUGCUGGAGCGGAAGCCGGAGAAAAGACUGUGCAGGACGGAGACGUGCACCGAAGUUGCCGUCCGUGCCUCGCCCAACCCCUUCAGCUGGGAAGUUCUGGAGGACGAGCCCAAG